AUGGCUGACCACUGUCCUGGCGACCUGGUCCGCGUCCGUGUCGGUCCCGACCAGCGCGAAUUUGUCGUCCAUCGACGUCUGCUGUGCGCCUCGAGCGUCCUGUUCCGCGACAGUCUUGCGGCCGUGCCUGAAGGCCUGGCGUCUUCGGCCGCCUCGUUGUCGUCAUGUCCGGCCUCGGUGUCGCGGCCUCGGACGACGUCGUCGGCCAUUGUGCUCUGGCUCGCAGCCGAGUCAGCCGGCAUGUUUGAGCUCUUUGUGUUGUGGCUCUACCGCGGCCAUGCGUUCCGUGCGGCCAUUGACGACAUGGCCGGUGCCAGUGCCGAGGAAGAGGUGCGGCUGCGGACACCACCCGGACUCGCAUCGCCGUCGCCAUCUUUGGGUGCAGCGCCCUCCCGCAGCGACCUGCACUGGCAUCUCGUGUACGCCCACCUGUUUGGUGCCCGGGCCGACAUCCCGGCCCUGCAGGACGCCGCCAUGGACGCGCUGCAGGACCUCUACCUGCGGCUCGACUGGGAGGCCACGCCGCAGCUGAUCGGCUUUCUCUACGGCGACUGCGACGACGACCCGGUCGCGGCCUGUCGGCUGCGCAAGUGGGCCGUUGCCCUGCUGGCCUGGACGCUGGCGAAUCUGUCGAGCCGCGGCGACGCUGAGGAUGCGGCCGCGCUCGGCCGCCUGCUGGUCACGUUCCCGGCCCUGCGCGCUGACUACGACGCCCAUAUCGACAAGAUGGCCGCCAGCGCUGCCGACGUGCGGAUCAAGAACCCGCAGCUGCGCAUCCCGAGCAACCAUCUGCGGCGCGAUGACCGCCACUUUGGCUUCCGCCAGUGCUCCUUCCACAGCCAUCGCCGCUCCGUCGGCCAGGGACGCUGUCCGCACAGCCCGGGACUGCGGCAGGUCGCACAGGCUCAAAGUCCACAAGCUCAAGCUGCACAGACACAGACUUCACAGGCCUCACAAGCUUCACAGUCUUCACAAUCGUCUCCACAGCAACAACACCAUCAACACCACCACCACCACCAUCGCCAUCACCACAGCAGCAGCUCCAAACACAGCAGACUGGAACAGACCACUGCCGUCCCAUCACCAACGCCCUCGUUCUCGUCUCGCUCUCACUCGGCCUCACUGUCCUCUUCUACCGGCACCUCGCCCUUCUCCCGCUCGUCCCACACGUCGUCACGGUCUAGCGCCACCUCGGACCCGCGUCUGGCCGACCUGUCCAUCUGGCCGUCGCCGCCGGUCACCACCCCGAGACUGGCUCCCUUGGGCAUGGAGUCCACCAUCUGA